ACACCUGGACAGUAUAUAAAGUCCCUCUGUAGUGAGAAGGUGUAGUUCAACAGAUCUGCAGGACUUAACUGUUCAUCAUGAUGAAGCUGCUUCUUUCUCUGACUCUCAUCUGGGCGCUCUCCAGCACAGGUGAAGCACUUGUGUGUCAAACCUGCACAACUAGUGCCUGUACAGCCACAGUACCAAAGACGUGUUCCUCAGAGACGAUGUGUAUAACAGCCGCCAUUCAAGCCACUUCAGCUGGAACUCCAAUACAGCAAAUCAUCAAGGCGUGUGCAUCGUCCUCCUUGUGUCCAGCCACGGGCUCUCAGACAUUUUCAGUCAACCUGGGUGUUUCUGCCAGUGGACUUGCAUCUGCUGCGUGCUGCAACACAGAUAACUGCAACUCAGCCAUUCUAGCUGUCCCUGCUGUUCCGGCAGAUAACAGCCUUCAGUGUUUCUCUUGUAACCCCCUCACGUCUCAAUGUAAUAAUUCAGUACAAUGCAAGGGGACAGAGAAUCAAUGCUUUCAAGCUACUGUAACAAGUGGGUCGACCACUACUUCAGUCCUUGGCUGCGUAUCUUCCAACAUCUGUGCAGCUGCUAUCAGCCAGGGACAACUACCUUUCGAACAAAGUGUUGGUAACAUCACCGGAUCAGCCUGUUGUGGGACCAAUUUAUGCAAUACUCUUUCAUCUGCUGCCAGUGACACCUGUCGUAUCAGACUGACAAUGAUCCAUCUGCUGAUCGGACUCCUUGUCUUUACCCUCUAUUAGGGCCGAAGACUAAAAAUGGUCAAAGGACCUUUGAAGCCACCAGAAGACUCUGAGGACCUUGUCUGGUCUCGGGUUUACUCCCUCUAACCUUUAGUUGGCAGUUACAGAGGCGACAAUGGACUCAGAGGCUAAUCAUGAACACAACAAAUGAGAAACAGCUUUAAUUUACUUGGUACAUAUUCUCUGGGGAUUUUUUGUCCUCAAACCUGUGUAUUUGUUAAAUGGACUGAAUGCCCUAAUAUUAUAAAACAUGUUAGAUUUCAUAUAUUUUAGAUAUAUAAUACUUCUGAAAAAAGUCUAUAGGAGAGGAACAACAGUCCUUAUAUCAAAGGAACAUUUUUUUUAUUUAUGAGUAAAAACAUUCAAAUGAAGUUGCCUGCCAAAGACAUUAUUGUUACAACGAAGUGACAGCUAACCAGGCAUAAAAGUCUAACAAUUCUAUAAUUAUUAUUAUAUAUAAAACAAUAUUUUUUGCAUAAUGAAGUCCUCACAAAAUGAUUUGUCAUUUAUGAUGACAAACACUACUUUCCGGUUCCUUUCUGUAGAAACCAUGUUUAUUUAAAUAAUAAAAUCAUUUUAUGAAUCA